AUGAAGCUAGCAUACACCGUGGCCAUCGCCGCCCUCGCCGCCACGGCCGCCGCUGAGAGCUGCUUCCCGGAGGGCAUGUGCCCCGGCAUCGAGCAUCAUAGCUUCAGCUGCGAGCUUCCCAACGACUUUGACAACUGCGACGACUACAGGAUUCACGUCCAGCUUGAGCUCGACAAAACGGCAACCGAUCAAAACGACAACGGAGACAUGAUCAGAAUCAUCGCCAAUUGGGUUGCCGAGCAGAGCCAAAGUUAG